AGGUAGGGACAAGGAUUGAUAACUAACAAGCCACCUUUCUUCUAUAAAACCUCUUCAACAUGAUCCUCUCUGGUUACAAAUUAAGAGAAAUCUAAUUACUUACUUAAUUGAGAUGGCCACCGAAGAAGCUGCAGCAGCUAAAAUAGUGGGAGAUAAGUACAGGUCUUUCUUAUAUGAUGAAGGAGAGAAGAGCACUGAGUGGAGGCAUGGAGGACCUCCUGCAUAUGAUGACGUCAACAAGCUAUUUGAAGAAGGCAGGACUAAGGAAUGGCCAAAAGGGUCACUGGAAGAAAUAGUACAAAAUGCUGUGAAGUCAUGGGAGAUGGAGCUCUCACACAAGACCCGCUUGAAGGACUUUAAGACCAUAAACCCUGACAAGUUCAAGCUCUUCGUUAAUGGAAGAGAGGGAUUAACAGGGGAAGAAACUCUUAAGCUUGGGAGCUACAAUGCCCUAUUGAAGAACUCUCUGCCAAAGGAGUUCCAGUACUACAAAGCAGAAGAAGAGAGCUUUGAAUCGUCUCAUGAAGCUUUCCGAUCGGUUUUUCCUCGUGGGUUUGCAUGGGAAGUGCUUGCUGUUUACACUGGACCUCCUGAAAUUGUUUUCAAGUUCAGGCACUGGGGUUUCUCUGAGGGACCCUUUAAAGGACAUGCUCCCACCGGAGAGAUUGUUCAAUUUUAUGGAUUGGCUACUCUCAAGGUUGACGAAUCUCUAAGGGUAGAAGAGGUGGAGGUCUACUACGAUCCGGCGGAGCUAUUUGGAGGCCUUCUAAAGGGACCACCCAUCUCUGAGUCGCACAUCGACCACGAAGCUAAUAAAAGUUCAGGCGCUACUCAUGGCUGCCCACUCUUCAAAUAAAUAGUUUAAAAGGAUAUUAUUCCUUUUACCCAACUAAAUACUCCAUAAUCUCCACAAUUCUCUUCUUUUCAGGGUUUUGUACUCGGCAAGCUUAUCUUUUGUACCCUUAUAUGCAACUCUCCAUAUCUAUAUGAAUGUAGUGAUAAUAUCA